CCGUAUUCAAUAUGCUGGUAGUCGCAGUUGCUGGAGGUACUGGCGACGUCGGACAGACAAUUGUAGACGAGCUGCUCAGGGUCGUCAAGUUCAAUAUUGUCGUAUUGACCAGGGAGAAUUCUGAGUCGCAGAAAAGGCAAACCCAAGAUGGCACUGUGUCAAUUGCAGUAAAUUACAAUGAUGUCGGUUCUAUCGCUUGUCGGCUUGAGGAGAAUGCCGUCCAUACCAUAAUUUCCACCCUCCCCAUGACCUCGGAAGAGUGCAGUCAAUCGCAGGUCAAUCUCAUUCGCGCAGCGGACAAGUCAACUUGUACUAAGCGAUUCAUUCCUAGUGAAUAUGCCCAUAUCAAUACGCCGGGACUCCUGGAGUUAGAUCCUACAACACAAUGGUGGCUUGACGCCGUCGACCGUCUCAAGCAAUCCAACUUGCAGUAUACUCGCUUCGCAACCGGCUUUUUCAUGGACUAUUGGGGCAUGCCGCAUGCCGAAACUCAUCUCUCACCAUUCACAUUCGGCAUUGACAUGCAAAAUUGCCAAGCUGCAAUCCCCGGAGACGGGAACCAUCAUCUGAGUCUGACUUAUUCAAAAGACUUAGCGAAGUUCGUCGUCCGGACUCUGGACUUGAACGAGUGGUCGGAAUUCAGCAUUGUCGUUGGGGACGAUAUCACGUUCAAUGAAAUGCUGCGCUUAGUAGAAGAGACUCGGGGUCAAAAGUUUCAGGUCACCUACGACAGCGUCGACAGCCUCAACGAAGGAAAGGCCACAAUGCUUCCUAUUCCCGAAGGUGCUCCGUUUUCAGCGGACGAGAUGACAGAGUACAACGCAUUAUUCGGACAGUUUACUAUUCGAGGGAUCUUCCAUGUCCCUAUGGAGAAUCGAUUGAAGUUCCCAGACUUGAAGCCGUCGACGUUUAAGGAAUUUCUGGGUAAAACUUGGGGAGGCCGUUAAUGUGCUUUGUGUAUUGUGUCAGAUAUUGGAAAGUGUACAUAUCAAACUACCAUAGAACGAAUGAUUGGAAACGACAACCAAUCGAUCGAAGGUGCCGAUACGGUGCUAAUUGAACAUAAUAUGCAUGCCAACAGACUCGAGCAUAGGAGAA